CGCGACUCUCGGCGUGAAACUCAUUCGCCGUGAACUCUGCACUUGAUUGUCCAUAUCUCCCUAUACCUCGUCCCCGGCUUUUCUCUGCUGCCCCUGAUCUCUUCCUCGCUCUUUACUAGACGUGGUACGUGGCCUGGGUUGCGCUCAUUCCCACUAAUCCCUCCCACCGUACCUGGUCUACCCUCAACACGUCGAAUCUCGAAAGGGUACAAGGCCAGUUUGACGAUCCCUUGCCAGGGCGACGGCGCAACAGCGCGUCCCUCCACCAUCAACUCCAUCACCUCACGCGCCGCUGAGGGACUUCCCAGGCGCAACGCGACCAUGUCGACGGUGAACGGCACUUUAUCUCCACCCGCACCCGAGCAACCGCCCGAGUCGACCAUCGCUUCCAAACGGAAACGCGACGAUAGCGAAGGGAACGCGCACGUUAAUGGUGUCGCCGCAUCAGAGCACACGAUUCCAGACCAUGAACCAUCAAUAGAUUCACAGCUCGCUGCCGAUAUACACUCUAUUCUGAAAAGCUUCGACCCUGAACCUUCAAUACUUAAUCAUGUCCUUACAAAACCUGACGAUCAUCGACUUUCCAAUGGAGAGCCUUCGUCUAAACGCGCGAAAGUCGAUGAGAUCUCUACACGAUCGACCAUCUCACAAAAGCUCGAGAAACAACACUACAAAACACUAGCUGAACUAUCUCAAGACGUCGACGAUGUUCUCGACCAAGUGCUUGCCCCCAUUGCGGCUAAGCAAUACUCAUCCGAGAACAAAAAGCGUGUAUCCCGGCAACUCUCCGAUGAUGAAUCGAAGCUAUUCGCUAGGGCGACUGCAUUCAAAGGGGAGUUGGAGCGCAUUGUAUCGAGACAGGAAGCGGAUCUAGCAUCGACCCCGAAGGUCCCCACCAAAGGAGAGGAUAGUGCUCGAGCUGCGGAUAGGCCUACGUCGGUGCAAGGCGAACCACGAACGGUCCUCACUCUUUUCGCGAAUGCACCGGUUCCUCGACAGCUCUUCUCGAGUUUCCAAUCUAAAAAGCAGAUCUCCGCCUCCGACGCAGCUAGUUCGGAAUUCGAGAACGGGGUUGGGAUCGAAAUGCCCAUUCACGAACGCGAUCUCCCCAAUGUCCUGUCAACAGUCAAGGUGGUCCCUCGCAAGGGCAAAGAUUCCGAUAUCAAGGCGCCGACAUUCGGCGAAUCAUUCCGUCCGCCUCAAAAUACCUUGCCGCUUACCCCUCCGAAACCCGUUAAACACCUCAGCACCCGCGGUUCCAGCGUCAGCUUCGUAUCCCAAGAUGCGUUAUCACGGAUGUCCCGCCGAGGAAGCUAUAACUGGGUCAGGGAGUCGCUCUCCGUCGGACAGUGGCUCGGGUAUAACGGAGUGGACAGCACUCAAGAACCAACGUCUCCGGAAGCAAAGCGGAAGCAGCGAGAUCGUGCGUUGAGCACCGGAGAGGCCAAUCCGCCUUUAUCGCAAGAAGCAGUGGCAUCUUUGCAGCAAGCGCGAGAGGCGGCAUUGUUCCGGAGCGUGUAUUCGAGCUUUGCGCCAAGCCGGGAUGAUUCGACGGCAAUUGUCCCAUCCGAAGUCAAGGGUGACAUCUGGUGGCAGAAGAUCGGCAAACCACGAUUUGAGCCGGAUGAAGAAGUGUUUGAAUUCAGCGAAACGAAUGGAGAAGUGGCCGCACCUGACGCCGAUGAUGAAAUUGACGAAAGUCGGAUCAAGGAGGCAUUGGAGGAGUAUGACCCUGUGGAGGACCACGAGUACAUUGAGAGGAAACUGGGCAUGCAUUCAAAAGAGGAGAAAGAGGUGGAUGAGGUCUUGGCCGAGAUUUCGGAGCUGCUGGAGACACUCUACUCGUUCCAGCGUAUCCGACAUGCUUCACUGGCUUCCAAUACCCGAACCCCGGUCAAUCACAACAGCUCCCUCACAAGUCUUACCGGAAGCCCCAGUGCGCCGACAGCUGGCGAGAUGGCUAUCUAUGAGACUCUCAAGAUGCAGUUGUCUCUCAUGAUUGGUUCUCUUCCUCCAUAUGCAGUUGCGAAGCUGAACGGGGAUCAGCUUGACGAGCUCAACAUUUCUCGAACCGUUCUGUUCGAAGCUCCAAAUCACCGGGGCGUCAUGGAGGAACCGGCCCCGCCAAGAAAUCCGAAGGUGCCUGCAUACAACGCCGCUCCGGUUGGUACGCCGGUGAAUCGGGGACCCGUGUCGAGUCAUUAUACGCCUCUUCCCCAAACAUAUGGCCGGACCGCCGUCGCGCCAAACACACAUGCGAGACCCGCUGCGAACUCGUAUUAUCCACAGCAGGCUUCCAAUGCUACGCGAACACCGCUAUCUCAGUUCCAACGGUCUGCCAGCAAUCCGCAGGCUUAUCAGACACCGGGCACUUUCACUCAACCUCGACCCGCCGCAUAUGGACAAAACUACCCUCCAUCGAAUGUCCGUCCAAACUAUGGUCCAACCGGGGUGCAGAACUACACUCCAGCAGCGGCACAGCGACCGCCGGUGAACCAAUACUACCAAAACACCCCGGUCCAAAACCGUCCAUAUAACGCCCAGGUGCAGCCAGCGCCCUAUAUCCAGCGCCCCUCGAGCGCAGCGUCCAUGAACGCGUCCGCGAGCCAGUCCCCCUACGUGCGGAACGCCUCCCCUCUUAAACCGGCGCCCGUCCCGACCGUCCAACCAACCUACCCUCAACCACAUCCCGGCUACGCGACGCCGACGCCGACUUCCACCGGGCCCUUGAGCCACCUGUCUCCCCGCCCUGUCAACCUCGCCAGCCCCAAUCAACCACGACCCAACAGCGCCGUCUCCCACCAACGCCACGUGUCCUCCUCGUCGCAAUCACCCCGCAUGCCGCUGCCGUCUACGCUACCCGCCGACGCGACCAAAGCGCCGGAACAUCUCGCGGUGCAGAAAAACCACUAUCAGCAGGCGGCGAAGGUCAUGCCGCAGCAACAGCAGGAUAUGCUCGCGACGGCGAACACGAACCCGAGCGUGGGGCAUGCGUCGCCAGCUAGAGAGACCGCGACGCCGACGGUGAAGCAGGGGAGCCACACGCCGCAGCCGCAAUCGCAGAAGGUGGCGGUGGGUGGGGACGCGACGGUAGGUGCGGCGCAGGUGAAUGGCACCUCGGGGCCAGCGGCCAAGUGAAGAUGGGAGAUCGACAGACCGACAAGAUAAGAUGGGUUAGAAGCAUUGCUACUUGGUAGAGGGGGUAUGCUGGAGUGGGCAUCCAGAUCAAAUCGGAGUUUCGGAGAAAAAGGUGAUGGGAUUUCGGGCAUCGUCGGCGUCUGUCUGAGUCCCUGUACGUAAGGAACGCGUGCAUCGGGUGUAUGAUUUCAGGUUUUGUGCGAGGCAGACGCGGAUAAUGUAUGCUGGACAGAAUGGGGGCAUCGUGCUUGGACUUCGAUGGAAGUCGACAUGUAACACUACCUUACCGGAAGAAAAGAGCAGCAUGCUAUUGCUCAUGGAGCUUUAGCGAACACCGAAAAUCGCGUUCUAGGCCUUUAAUAUCACUGCAAUAUCCUGCAUUC